AAAAAAAAAAAAAAAAAAAAAAACAGGGAGGUUGUUUUUAAGAUCGGUAGAAAUGGACAAAGAAUCUCAGAGACCGUCGUCAUCUUCGUCGGCAGCUUUCUUUGCUGCAAUGAGAAUUAGAAAUCCUGUCAGCGGCGUGAGAAUCACCACCGGCUUCAAGCUAUGGCUUCUGAUGGCAAUUCUCCUCUUGGCUCUGUGGUCCGUCUUCACCGGCUCUGUCUCCCUCAAGGGUUUCUUCGGCAGCUGCGGCGGCGGAGGCCUCUGUUACAUUUCCGGCGGUGACGAUGUUGACACCCUCGAAGUGGAGGAGAGAGAGAAGGUGGUGAGGAUGAUGUGGGACGUGUAUGCACGCGGCGCCGGGCGCGGGGGCCGGGUGAUGCUGCCGAGGUUCUGGCGAGAGGCAUUUGAUGCGGCGUACGAGUGUCUCGUGAACGACUCACCCGAGGCUCGAAACGCCGCCGUCUCCGACAUCGCUAAAUUGUCGCUGACCCUACACUCCUUUAAACUCGAGCCUCUCUCCGCUCAAUCCUCGAAAAACAUGGGCGGAGAAUCCGCAACCAAGAAGAGUAUAUAAUAUGAUGCAUCAACACUGUGGCUUCACUAUCGACAACACUCUCUCUUUAGAUGGGUCUCCUUCUUCUUCUUCUUCUUCUUUCCACAAUACAUAUAUAUGUAUGUACGUAUAUGUAUAUGUAUAUAUCUGUCUUUGGGAAAAAAAUCUUGCAGGGACGAAAGCAUCCAAGUUUCAUAUCUAUGUGAGUGAUGACUAUUUGUAUAAGGUGUCUAUUGCAACCUUAUCCAAUAGAAUCUGUCUCCAUAUAAAACUUCUAUGUUAGAGAUUUAUCCGAUAGCACUUCCUAUCA